GGGGAAUUCUCCGGCCGACGCGCGAGACACACACCAGUCGACGCUCGUCACUUGCUAUCGUCGCCGGCGAGUCUCGCUUACGCUUGUAACACCGUUCGCGUGAGCUUUCGAUAUUGUCGAAGCUAUGAUCGCGCAUCGCGACUUUUCGACAGUUUGAGCUUUUUCUUUUGUGAGGAUUGUUUGAGUAGCUUUUCGAAAGUUUCCUACCAGGGAAACGAUGUGCGAACAGGUAGAUCGCAACGUCGAUAAAGAUAACGUGCUCGAUUGGCUAUCCGGCUAAUUGACAACGUCACGCUCGUGGCUUUAUCUCUUCGCGCAACAUUUUUGGACGCUGACAGACGUCCCCGAAAGUAAAGUUCGGCACAAUCCACACAAGCGAGGAAGUCCAGUUGGCGACGACCGACCAACCGAGAAGCUCAAAGGGCAACAGUGACAGUCACGUAUGUGUCGCACGAUCGCGCAGUGGGCGUCAGUGGCGACCUGAAAACCUUACGCAAUCGAUCGCGCCGCCGUCGCCACCGCCGCCGCCGCCGCCGCCGCCGCCGUGACUGUGAGUGUGCGCGUGUACGAGGUGUCUAUUCUACCUGCCUUCCUUGCGGCUAAUACAUAAUACAUGAUGAAGUCCAAGAGGCAAAGCGAGAAUCUCAUCGCCAGUGAGAAGAAUGGAUACAAGAGCGAGCAGCAACCUACAGUCGUCGCCGACAAGCCCAAGGAGCCGCCAAAACCCCUUAAGAAGGGGAAGACGUUCUGCCAGUCGUGCAAAAAGAAAUGCAGCGGCGAGGUGCUGCGCGUGCAGGACAAGUACUUUCACAUUGGCUGCUUCAAGUGCGCCCAGUGUAACACCAGCCUCGCCCAGGGGGGCUUCUUUGCUCGCGACAGCUCCUACUUCUGCACCAAGGACUACCGAGAGAGAUGGGGUACGAAGUGCGCUGGGUGUGGAGAGUACGUGGAGGGUGACGUUGUCACCGCGGGGGAAAAGCACGCCUUUCAUCCAAAUUGUUUUCACUGCCAAAGAUGCAGACAACCACUGCUCGGACAGGCUACUAAAGUUACGCUCGUGCAAGGCCAAGCGUUGUGCCAGCGCUGCGUGAGCAUACCGGUGAGAGAGGCCGCGACGCCGGUGGCAGCUCAAAGCUCAGGCGGCGCCAGCCAGGAUCCCGGAGCCUGCGCCGGCUGCAGGCAGCAGCUGCGCGAGGGCCAGGCGCUCGUCGCUCUCGAUCGGCAGUGGCACGUGUGGUGCUUCAAGUGCCACACCUGCGACACCGUGCUGCACGGCGAGUACAUGGGAAAAGACGGGGUGCCUUAUUGCGAGAAAGACUACCAGAAGCAGUUCGGCGUCAAGUGCGCGUACUGCAAUCGCUACAUCAGCGGCAAGGUGCUGCAGGCCGGCGAGAACCACCACUUCCACCCGACCUGCGCGCGCUGCACCAAAUGCGGCGACCCCUUCGGCGACGGCGAGGAGAUGUUCCUGCAAGGCGCGGCCAUCUGGCAUCCACGUUGCGGCCCCGGGCCCACUCAGCCGAACGGCAUCGUCAACGGUCACGGCCAUCCCGAAGCCCACACGCCGCAGCACCACCAGCAUCAUCGCAGUGGCGUCGAGUCCGAGCGCAUCUCCAGCAGCGCCUCGGAGAUGCAGUUUUCAUUGAGGUCUCGCACGCCAAGUCUGAAUGGAUCUUUAUGCAGCCCUUACAGCAGUCUAAGUCGCAAGUACUAUCCCGCGAGAACUGGCAGUCCGGGACUUAUCUUGAGAGAAUACGGCCGAGGCAAUGAAAACGUAUCUCGCAUUUAUACUUAUUCAUAUUUGACUGAGACACCGAGUCAAGGAUACCUGCGUCGCCCAAUCCAACCAUACGACAAGCCACCCACUAGCCCACACUUUCAUAGACCAAGCUCCUCACGUUCGAUAAGAAGCAGCGGCGGUCGAAGCAGUCGUUCGGGCAUGCGAGCCCUGGUGGACGCAUUGAGCGAGACGCGGCCGAAAUCACCGGCGGCUGGUAGCCAAGUGGACAACGAGGAGCCGAUCGAGCUCGCUCACUACCCGGACGCGAUGAAACCACCGCCCGGCGCCCAACCGCCCAUCGAACGAGAUGACUUUCCUGCCCCGCCCUACCCCUACACCGAUCCCGAGAGGCGUAAGCGAUGGUCGGAUACCUACAAGGGUGUACCAGACUCGGAGGAUGAAGACGAGGUAGAUCAAAAAUCAAUCAAAGAGGUAGAGCAGAAACUGAAAAAAGAGCAAGACGAAUUGAGUAAAAUAGACACGGGUAUAGCAAAAGUGUUCCUGCAAGAUCGUGAAAAAGACCGUGAAAAUCUCAAACAUAGAGCGGCGAACAUCGAUCCGAGAAAUGCUUCUAGAACGCCGUCUGCAAAUCGCGAACCGGCCUACAGGUUACGCUACGAAAGUCCCGUUGGUGCAUCUCCAUCGAGAAACAUCGAUCACGCAAGACCUUGGGAAGAUGAAGAUGGCAUUAGUUAUAGAUCUAGCGUAGGACCCAGUUACAACGUCGUAAGUUCCCUGCGACACAUCCCAAAGCCGGGAUAUGGUCUGGCACCUCGAAGUCACACGUUCUCCUCAACAGGCGGUUCUGUAUCUGCUCUUCCCGGGGACUACUCAUUCAGCGGCAUGGGCGAUAAGACGCACAGCACUGACUUUUCUUCCGGUAAAUCAGAUAUAUCGACAGGCAGCAUCACGGACGUGGACCGGCGGGCACUGGUAUGUACAACAGCCCCGUACUACUCCCAGCGGCUUAGCAUGAAUGACGGCGGCAUCCUACCCUCGUCGACAACGUACACAGGCGGUCUGGGCUCGGUGACGGUCGGCCACGGCCACCACGUAAGACGCUCCCUGCCGGACAUGGGCGUAGCACCUGCCGAACCACCCAAGCUUUACCCUUAUCACCUGCUCAUCAUCACUAACUACAGAUUACCGGCCGACGUGGAUCGUUGCAAUCUUGAGCGCCAUUUAUCCGAUGCUGAAUUCGAAGCUGUACUGCAUUGUACAAGAUCAGAAUUUUAUCGAUUGCCUCAGUGGCGUCGCAACGACAUAAAAAGACGUGCUCGACUUUUCUAAAUUUUUAAUAUAAAAAAAAUAAAAGAUAUGUUCUCAAGAUAAUUCCAAAUCGUCUAUGCGAAUCACCGCCGCCGCCGUUCACUAUUCUUAUCUUUUUUUUUAACGUCUUACACUUGUGUGUCCUGCAUAUAUACUUGGCGCUAAGAACACUACAAAAAUGGAAAAAAUUGUAGGACUUUUAUUGAUAGAAUAUUUCAAUAAUCAUUUUUAAUUCUGUAUGAACUAUUUUAGCUGUUUGCAUUUUAGAGAAAACUCAAUUAGAUGAUGAAUGAUUGCAUGGUUAAUGGAAAUUUAUUUAAAGAUUUAUCUUUAAACAACGACUUUUACAUCUCUUUACACGCAAUGAUUUUAUUAAGUUUUUUUUCUUUUAAUAUUUCCGAGAGCACGUUAUUGAAGUGUGCGAAUGAGAGAGAUUUAGCGUGCGAGAAACAUGUGUGUGCAUGAUGUUUGCAAUGUUCGCAAAAUAAUAUUCUGUAAAUAAAAGUAAAAGAUUAUUACCAAUACGGAAUAGUAACGGGAGCAGAGUCACAGGGGUAUAAGAAAAAACAACUAUUGCAGCUAUUAUAAAAGAUUCAAAAUAUUAGUGUCUAUACUAAAUGAAGCAGUGAAGACUUUUUCAAUAAGUAGGUAAAAACAGGCUUACCCUGUUUAAAAGUUAUUGUAUGAAUGAAAACAGCUUAGUUUUUCUCAAAAUGAUCGUCUUCUACUAAAAAAAAAACAAAUAAGACGCACUGCGUUGCUGUGCUACGAUGCAUAAUAAAACUAAAAUAUAUAUACGAAUCACGUAUAUGAUUACGUGAAAACAUUAUUAAAUGAAAAGUUACGAUAUAUUGAACUACUACUAUUCUAUAAUUUUUAAUAUAAAAAAGAGAAACAAAGCGUACACAAUGUGACGAAAAAAUGUAGCGUUCGCUAAAUUUUCAUUUAUAUUUCGUAUUUUCUUAUUACUCAAAAAAUAACAAUCAAAAUAGAAAAACAGAAAUUGCGAUAAAAGUGUGAAGUUAAUUGAUUAAAAAAUGAAAUAUGUACAAGAUGUAAGCAUAAGAUUCUUUGAAAUUUUCGAUCGAUUUGUGCAUAAUAACUCAUUUCAUACGAUUCAAUUAUGUAGUAUAUUUAAAUGAAAAGUAUAUUUAAAUUAAACGGGCAUCCAAGCAAAAAAAUACUUCAUGUGCCUAUACAAUUGUGUCUGCGUUCACAUUUGUUAUGUUCUUUCAAGCUUGUAACUGCACAAAUGCUCGUAAAUGAUUUCUGUUGUAUAAAGCACAUCGCUUCCGCUAGUCCAAUGAUAAUAAAAAAAUACAAAAAAGAAAUUUAACUGUAAAUUUAUUUAUAUAUCUUUA